GUUAGCUAAGAGCUGUAGCUGUGUUAAGUAUUCUCUGAGGCAGUAAUGACCCUUCAGAGCCACCGUACGGACGAAGAAACCCAUGAACUGACUUAAGCUUCUCUCCAUUUUCUCUAUUUCUCCUCUGACCCUUCUCCCUUUGCACCAGCAGCAUAUUAGGAUUAGCCUAGCAUGCUAGCUGCAGAGUUAGCAUAGCAUUUUUGCUACAGACAGACUGUUUAGACGGAAUUUUGAGACCACAGAGUCGCUGUGAUUGAGUAGAAACGUGUAAGGAGUCUUAAAGCUGCUGAAGAGAUCUUCAGAGAGCAGAAAGAUCAACAACAGAAACUCGUGGAUGCUGUUUUCAGCCCUCAGCUUCGAUUACAGAGAAAAGAUAUCUAGAAGCUGUUGAUGAGUACAAAAGAGCAUCAGGAGUGGAGCUCCAGUCUGAACCUGGAGGGCACUGAGCUCCCACUCAUUAAAGAGGAACGAGAGGAGCUGUGGAGCAGUCAAGAGGGAGAGCAGCUUCCAGGACUGGAGGAGGAUGAUACCACCACAUUCCCCUUCAAAAUUGUCACUGUUAAGUAUGAAGAUGAAGAAGAGAAACCUCUGUCCUCACAUCUUUUUGAGAGACAAACUGAAGAGAUGGAAACAGGAGCUGAUGGAGAGGACUGUGGAGGAGCAGAACCAGCUAGGAACUCAGAUCGACAGACACAGUUACAUCCAGACAUUGAGGACAAGCCUGAAGGCUCCUCUGGAGAUGAGACUGACGACAGUGAAGAUUGGAGGGAGACCAGAGAACAUGAAUCAGGUUCAAACUCAGUGGAACACAUGAAAAAUAAGACAACUGAUAUCAAAUUACAUAUCUGCUUUGAGUGUGGUAAAGCAUUCAAAAGAAGGCAUGAUCUGACCAUACACCUGAGAAUUCAUACAGGAGAAAAACCCUUCAGUUGCUCUGUGUGCAGCAAACAAUUCAGACACAAGGCAAGUCUGGCUAAUCACAUGACCAUUCACCAAGGAGAGAAACCCUUCAGUUGCUCUGAGUGUGGUAUUCGAUUUUUCCUGAAACAUAAUCUGAACUCUCACAUGACAAUUCAUAGAGGAGAGAAACCCUUCUGCUGUUCAGAGUGUGGUAGAGGAUUUAACCAAAAGUCCACACUGAAGAGACACAUGUUAAGGCACACAGAUGAAAAACCAUUCAAGUGUUCUAAGUGCCAUAAAAGCUAUCACCUAAAACGAAUGCUGGACCUACACAUGACAAGUCACACAGAGGACAAACCAUUUGGCUGCUCUGAGUGCAGCAAACAAUUCAAACAUAAAGGCAGUCUAACCAAUCACAUGUUAAUUCACAGAGGAGCGAAACCUUUCAACUGCUCUGAGUGUGAUAAAACAUUUCAUCGAAAAGCCAAUCUGACCAGACACAUGUUAGUUCACAGCGAGGACAAACCCUUCAGCUGCUCUGAGUGUGGUAAAAGAUUUACCUUGAAAGCAAACCUUGUCAAACACAUGUCACUUCAUGGAGAGGAAAAACCCUUCAGCUGCUCUGUGUGCUCUAAAAGAUUCAGCAGAAAAGAGCAUCUGAACCUGCAUGCUAUGGUUCACACUGGAGAGAAACCCUUCAGUUGCUCUGAGUGUGGCAAAAGAUUUAAUGCCAAAGGAAGUUUGGCCAAACACAUGUUGCUUCACACAGGAGAAAAACCCUUCAGCUGCUCUGAGUGUGGCAAAAGAUUUAAUGCCAAAGCAAGUUUGGCCAAACACAUGUUGCUUCACACAGGAGAAAAACUCUUCAGCUGCUCUGAGUGUGAUAAAACAUUUUACCGUAAAGCACAUCUGACCAGACACAUGUUGCUUCACACUGAGGAUAAACACCUCAGCUGCUCCAAAUGUGGUGAAAAGUUUAGUUUCAAGUCUACUCUAAAAAGUCACAUGGCAGCUCACAGAGAUGGAAAACUUAGAGCUGCAGUUUCUUGUCAAGAAUCAGAGCUUAAUUGACCUCAAAUAGAUGGCUGAGACAUGAGGAAGCUGCUUUGUAUGCACUAAAUCAUCAAACAAAAGGGCAGCAGAUUAUUUAAGUAUGCAGUCCUUUAUAAGAGACUUCCAGUUUCAUCUUUCUUGAUACCUUUUGUGAUAAGUACUCUUGAUUAUCUGAUAAUACAGUGGAGUGUUAAAAAUAAUAAACUGCCACAGUUUACU